ACCGUGGCGAAGCUGUUGCUCCAACUCUAUAACAACCUUCAUUUUAUUUACUUUUUUUUUUAUCGUUCCAACUAAAUGUGAUUAAUUACAUUUUACAUGUUUGGGUUGUAUCGAUGUGUUAAUAAUCGAUUUAUAUUGUUUAUAUUAUAACUAUGUUAGUUUUUUGUUUUCAACUUUCAUUCUUGAAUGAAUUUAUUUUCAAGUUGUUGUGCCCAUAGAGUAAAUAAAGUACCUUUGGUGUCACUAAUUUCCACGAAUUUCGCAAGACUAUGUGGAAGUCUGGUUUUCUUCUUGCAGUAUUCAUUGUAUUUAAUCCAUUAGUUCAGGGGCAAUCCUACGAAGACGUGAGAUGUAAAUGUGUGUGCCCAAAACCAUCUGUGGUAAACGGCACACAGUCAAACAGGAAGCUCUACAUAAGCAACGUGCCACCGAAUAAAUGCGACUGUGACAGUGUGAUAUUACCUCAAGUUGGUGAGGACAUAAAGGGCAGAGAGCAAGAGUUCUGCCGCAGAUGUGAGUGCAAGUACGAGAGUCGAAACACCACCAUCAUCCAGGUGGUGGUGAUAAUUGUCAUCUGGGUCAUCUCUUUGCUGGUGAUAUACAUGCUGUUCCUCAUCUGCCUGGACCCCCUACUGAACAAGCGAGCCAAGGGUAGUUAUCAGGAGCACACCAAUGAAGAGGAGGAGACGGUGAGCUCUGUCGCGGGGGCCACGUCGCACGCGAUGGGCGUGCGUGGCAACGUGCUGAACCGCGUGGGGCACCAGCAGGACAAGUGGAAGCGGCAGGUGCGCGAGCAGCGACGCAACAUCUACGACCGGCACACCAUGCUCAACUGAGUGCCUCCUGGCUCCGUCGCUCACGUCCAGUUUUAUUCAUUACUUUUCAAUACAUGUACAACUAUUGUGUGGUAUAGAGGCUCAGUGUGUAAGCACUUGCGGGUAGUGUGUUUGGAAAAUAUUUAUAAUUCACCUGUGAAAUAAUCCAUGCUAUUUAUGACGUGUAAUUAAUUGUUAGGAUGGUAUGUACUGGCUCUUUUUUUUUUAAUGUUAAAUAUUGAAAACCAUAUUCUUCUGCAAGUUUUUCUUGUUUAGCAUGACAGAUGCCAGGGACUUUAUGUUCUUGCAAACUGCAGUUGUGCUAAUUGUUGUUUUUGUGUGAGCUACUAUCCUUCAUAAUUUUUGAUAAAGUGAGAAUAAACUGUAUUAUGAAUCUGUUUAUGGGAACAUAGCUUCCUUUGUACAGCUGUAAGUUACAAGUUUGACAUACCAGAUGUGCUUCGUGAUUGAUUUUAUAAGUUACGUGUAAGUAAUUAUGCAAUUAUUAUGUAUUGGCAAAAAAUUAAUUCAUUUUUAUUUUAUAUCUGUUGUUUAGGGCUAUAGUUUUCUAUUACCACAUUGGGUGAUAUUUUAUGUAUGUAUUUUAUAUGUACAAAAAAGUAUAAUUAAAUUUAUAUUAUUGUGUAGAGUUUAUAAAUACUAUAUACACUAGUGGUGCACAGUUAUUAAUGUUAUCACACCCCAGACCACCUCGAAAGUACCGGAAAUGUGGGAUGAUUAUGUUGACAUUGAUAGUGCUCUUCUCACAUCCGAAGAACCCACAGAUGAAAAUAUUGUACAGAUCAUUUAUGCUACGGAACACCUUGAAAGUGAUGGGGAAAGGGAAGAGGAAGUCGAGGAAGCACCAUUACCUACCGCAGAAGAGGCAUUAAAGGCUGCAGAAUUAUUAUCACGAUUUGUUCAUAGCAAUAUUGAAUGGAUUUUGACCAUGGCGAUGUCUUCUAUACACAAUACAUAGUAUUAGAGUUUGUUAUUACAAUAAAAUGAAAAAAACAAAAGCAGACAAAAAUUACAGAUUUCUUAAUUUAAAAAUGAAAAAUAUGUACAUAUAUGUAUCAUGUUUGUGCAUGUGUUUAUAUGCUAAGUUUCUCUAUUAAAAUACAUAAGUAUUCACCUAAAAAA